AUGAUGCAGGACCUUCCGCCCGCCAUUUGGUAUGCUUGUAUCAUCCUCGCUAUUCUUCUUCUAGCCCUGGGUACUGUUGGCAAUAUUCUCUUCCUUUUCACUAUAUUUUACAAAUCGCAGCUCAAGUCACGAGCCGGUUCUGUAAAAUCUACCCGAAUGCCCUAUGCGUCACUCACCUUGUGGCCCAAACGAAAGGCAUCGCUGCCGACCGGAUACCAUCCCCAAGUGACCGAGGGUCUCUGGAGCUAUAAGGGCUUUCAGGGUCGUCAAAAUCCGCUAUCAUGCCUUCUUGUGGCCACUUCGGACCGGCUGCUCAGCUUGAUGACCUUCACCGAUUGCCUGGCCCAAUGGACCACUCUUCCACGCUAUCUUCUUCUUAUACUGACUGAAGUUGACCUGCGAACUCUGCAUCCCUGUAUCUGCUGGAUGCAUACGUUUGUAGUGAUGACAACAACUAACCUCUCAGUGGCAUAUCUUUGUAUCUUUUCGGUGCACCGGGCAAUCCGUCUUCGUUGGCCCCUCUGGUCCCGGCGUAAGCUUACUCAGGCACGACUACAGUUUGCUAUUGUUCUUGCCACAGGCCUCUGUAUUGCCAAACAUCUGCCAGUAUUUUUUCUCUUUCGUGUUGUUCCAAACAACCGGAUUAAUUCAUCCUCUCCCUCGUCUCCAUGCCCAACUUGUUCGUCCUCCUCUUCUAGUGUUGCUGCCGCACUUUUCAGAGCAGCCAUAAAUGCCACUUCAUUGCCGGUGAAAGAGAGCUUCGCCUGCGAUCUGUACUGCACAAACAGCACCAGCGUAUGUCUUGGUUGGUUCUACUAUGGCCUUGAGUUUUUCACUCAUGGCCUCCUUGCCUACUUCUGCAUCCUCCCAGCCACAUGUCUAUUGUGCCAAGCGCUCAGGCACAGCGCUAGCCGAGCGCCCAAAAGGGCCGGAACACUAUGCCUACUGCCAACUCAUCUUCCACAAUCUACAGACAGCCGUUCCAUGUCAAUCUAUCAGCCAAGCGGAAGUCUGUUGAACAGAGAAGUAAGGCAUCAUGUAUCGAUGAGCUCACUACAAGAGCUUCAGUCACCUUCUGUGGAUGGUAUUCGCUUUCACUGCUCGGCCCCAAACUGGGCCUCUGGGCGGGCAGUACCGUUCCAGCCACAACCACGCCAACCGAUCAGUGCAUAUGUAAUAUCUGCUCUGGGCAUUUAUCAUAUGCUCAGCUCACUUCCGUUCCUGGUGCUUAUCGAGGCUAGGUUCCAGUUUAAGCUGAAGAUUCUACCCGAAGCCAGUCAUGCCUUGGUCUACUUCCCCUUGGUUCUUCUGCUCUACAGCAAUAACGCGAUAAAUUAUUAUGCCAUGUUGUUGAUCGGGCCUCGAUUCCGCCGACAGACAUGUGAGGCUCUCCAGCAUCUGUUGCCAUUCUGCCUGACUGAUCGACAAUCGAACGUCAAUGCGAAAUGGAAAGCCAGUCCAGAUCCAGCAAAUUAUUCUGGAAAUAAUCGCCGAUCUGAUGUCUUUGCUGCUUCAAGGCAGGGAGCGAAUAAAUUGGACUGCUUUGGUCUUUGUCAGAGGUCUCACUCGAGGGCUCACAUUAAGCUUGGAAAGCCUGCGUCCUCUAGUGUCAUGUGCGGAUCCUUGGCAUCAGAUGUCGAUUUUAUAGCGAGCCAGGACCAGAAAUACGCCCAACAAGAGGUAAACCAGGCAGCCAACUUGCCAGAAAACCUGAAGGAGAGAACACUAUCUCAUUCUCUCUCAACUGUGAACCUGUCUUCUACAUGUUACUAG